AUGGCUACUAUUUCCUCGUCUUCAUUGUGCUUGGAUUCUCGAUUGGCCUCUUUUAUUCCAGUCAUCAAACAACCAGUGCCGACUACUCGCAUUUUGAGAGAAAUCUAUCGUACAAAGAGCAAACGUUGGAACAGCCUAGAACCUGCAAAAGAGGUUGAGCUCUAUUAUCCGCCUUUGACUAUCGUUGUAAAUCAGUUGUUGGAUUAUGUUAUGCGUGAUUUUGUCUCGAGCUGGUGGACGCCCAUCAACAUACACCAUGACCCCACAUUUGAGAGAUUGGCAAGAGAGAGGCUCAAUGUUGUAUUCCUGAAUGUGCAAAAGAUCCUGCUGAAUCAAGAGAGAAACGACAUUGUCAUGUCCACAUUAUACGGUGUAGCUAAUACGCUGAUCAUUCAUAUGAGGGAGUGCAGAGCCUUGGAAGAGUCUGAGCUAUCCAUGGACGACUAUGUUAUUGAGAAUCCCCAAUCGCCCUUUGCUCAAUUACUGUCAAAAGAAGAACAGCAUCGCCAGCUUCGAAGCCUUAGUCAAACAUUCCUCAAACGCACUUUACCGACAGCCGACAGAGAUUCGCUACUGUUGAUGAGCUUAUUCAAGGAGUUGCUGGCUACAUUUUUGUUUGGGGGUAUAUUGGAUAGCCUGAGUGAUCCUGACUUUCUCAAUUGUUGGAUUAUUGAUCUUUUAUCGGACAAGGAUAAGGCCAAAUCCAUCACUUCUACUGUGUCUGCGGCUGCUGUCAUCUUGACUGCAGAUGCCAGCCAUGCGCCAGAUGUUGGGUUGGUUGCUGAGGAAGGUUUUACGCUAGAACAGCAAUCAGAUUCCAUUCGAAAAUCAACUGAAGAUGACGAUAGCGUUACAAGCAGCUUGGAUCAGGUCACGCCUCCAGAUACACCAGAGCCUACAAGAGCAACGGCUCAGCUCAAGCCAGCACCUAUUGUCACCGCACCAAAGCAACAAGAGACCACCGUGCUUGCGUCUCUACAAUCUCCUCCUCCUCCUCCAUCACCGCUGGCCCCGCCCAGCAUGAUUUUCAGUCGUGGAUCAGUCAACUUUACUAUUAUGGAUAUCUCUGCUCCUCAACCAAGCGACCAGCCACUCAACAAGACGGAGCUCGUGUACAUUGUGCAGAUUGAAAGACCUGCCAUGGAAGAUCAUGCAGGCUCUGAGGGUGGCGGUUAUGUGAUUACAAGAAGCUAUGCUGAUUUUGAAUGCUUCAAUACUAUUUUACAUGCUAGACAUGCAAAGAGAGCUGCCAAGCUGCAAUUGAAGCUGCCGUUGGACACCACCACAAAAUCUUGGCUCAAGAAAUCAAGUACACAGCAAAAGAGAAAGGUGCCACUGGAAGUCGUAGGGGCAGCGCUGGAAAAAUACAUUGAUACUGUGGUGCAAGAUGAGGAAUUAGGCACAGAUCAGAUUAUUUUACCGUUCCUGAGAAAAGAAAGACGGGCUGAGAUUGCUGAGGGCACUGUUACGUCCUUUGCUGAUGAAUACAAGCACGAAGCAGCGGCAGCGGCAGCAGCGGUGGAUCAUACAACGGCAUUAGAUACAGCAUCCACCAGCAGCGGUAAAUCACGAUCUCUGUUUUCUCGCAAUAGCACAAGCAAUCUUAAUGUGGCGGGUCUAGCCUCCAACCCAAAAACGGACAAUACAGCAGCAGACGAAAGACAGAGCAUGGAUCAUGAUACCAACAACAAGUGGUUUGCACCAAAGACGAAAACAAGGCAAGGUUCGGUAUCGAGUAUGCAAAGUAACUUGUCAAAGGACAGUGCUAUCACAGUGGCGAGAGACGACGCAGAGGAUUUUGAGGAGGAAAAGAGGCACACAGUGGUGGAUUCUAUCGUGGAUGAUGAUAAACCUAAACGCCAAAAUACCUCAACCUCUAUCAACAGUAGCACCAAUAAUAACACCAAAGCAUUAUCCUCUAUGGAUGUGGAACUGUUGAUUGAAACGACGUACGCUCUCGUGGUGGAAAUCUUCAACCUGACCUCUUCCAACAACAAAGCUUGGAUGCGUCGAUCCAUACUGAACCUGCUACGAGAGAUUGUGCGUCGUUCCUAUGCGCAAUUCAUUUCAGAGCAGUACACGGAUUUCAUUGAAGAAUACAUGUCGCCGGACGCCAUUGUGGGAAUGCUGAAUCAACUGGGGGAGCAGUUUUGGCCCGAAGGCAAAUGGAUGUUAGACGAUGGUAAAGAGCAAGUGCAGCGAACAGAACAGGACAAGGAAAAGAGCAAGCAGCUAGCGAGGACCAUGUUGAUGAAUGAAUUGAUUCCCAACGCUGUGAGACAGUUGAUUGGAGAUCAAAACUGCAAUACGGCAAUGGAUCGUAUCUGGGCGCGCUGUCAAGAUCCCAAUCUGAACAGAGUCUUGAUAUUGCAAGUGCUGGAGCGUAUUAUCAAGCCCAUUUUGGGUUAA